CAUAUUGUCUCUGAUACAGCAGAAAUCUCAUAUCAGAACAGGCGUACCGGCGACGGUUCGAAAUUUGGCCGUUGGGACUGACACCCGAUUUUCUGGGGAAGCGUUUCGUUCGUCUCAUUGAUCACGGGGCAACAACCACGUGCCCCUGGUGCCCCUCCCUUGUCCUCAAAGAACCCCCCCCCACCCCCAUCCCCAACUCCCCAUACCCUCACCCCCUUUGAAUCAAAACCCUCACCCCGAACCUUUCCUUCUACCCCUCCCUUCCUGAGCCCUCUGCUGCAGAGAGAGCUCACCACCCACUCUUCCAAGCUGUCGGACAUGUCGGGACCUGUGCCGAGCCGGGCCAGGGUGUACAAUGAGGUCAACACUCACCGACCGAGGGAGUACUGGGACUAUGAAUCCCAUGUCGUGGAAUGGGGUAACCAAGAUGACUUUCAGCUUGUGCGAAAGCUAGGGCGUGGCAAAUACAGUGAAGUCUUUGAGGCCAUCAACAUCACCAAUAAUGAAAAGAUUGUAGUCAAGAUCCUCAAGCCUGUGAAGAAAAAGAAAAUAAAACGUGAGAUUAAGAUUUUGGAGAAUCUACGAGGAGGACCAAAUAUCAUCUCCCUUAUAGACAUCGUGAAAGACCCUGUGUCUCGUACACCUGCUUUGGUCUUUGAACAUGUUAACAACACUGACUUUAAGCAAUUGUACCAAACUUUGACAGACUAUGACAUCCGGUUCUACAUGUAUGAGAUCCUUAAGGCUCUGGACUAUUGUCACAGUAUGGGAGUCAUGCAUAGAGAUGUGAAGCCACAUAAUGUGAUGAUUGAUCAUGAACACCGCAAGUUACGUCUUAUUGACUGGGGCCUGGCUGAAUUUUACCACCCAGGACAGGAGUACAACGUCAGAGUCGCCUCACGCUAUUUUAAAGGACCAGAGCUCUUGGUGGACUAUCAGAUGUAUGACUACAGUCUGGAUAUGUGGAGCUUGGGGUGUAUGCUGGCAAGCAUGAUCUUCAGGAAAGAGCCUUUCUUCCAUGGCCAUGACAACUAUGACCAGCUGGUCAGAAUAGCCAAGGUUUUGGGAACAGAAGAUCUAUAUGACUACGUUGACAAGUACAACAUUGAGCUCGAACCUCGCUUCAAUGAUAUACUUGGAAGGCAUUCUCGGAAGCGGUGGGAACGCUUUGUCCACAGCGAAAACCAGCAUCUGGUCAGCCCAGAAGCUCUGGAUUUCCUUGAUAAACUGUUGCGGUACGAUCACCAAGCCCGUCUAACUGCUCGUGAGGCCAUGGAUCACCCCUACUUCUUCCCGGUUGUUAAGGACCAGUCUCGUGGUGGAGUUGGAGUCGCCAACAUACCCACUGGGAACCCAGUUGUUAGCACAGCCAGCAUUAUCACUGGUAUCUCUGCCUUGCCAGCUUCGACUGCCCUUGGUCCACUCACUGGCUCGCCUGUGCUGUCUGCCACCACCAAUGCUCUGAGCUCUCCACUGCCCACUGCUGCCGGAGCCCCUCAGUGACCCCCUCAUCAAAUCCCGAUGGAGACAGGUGCAACUCUACCAGCUCUCUACAUCUUAAGUCUGCGUGGCUAAGCCUCAUCAAAACCUUAUGAUUUUUGUUCUUCCUUGUCUCCUCCUCCUAUCAGUUUAACAUGCUCACGUGACAUACGAAAUGACUGUCCCGUGUAGAUAAAACACACUGAUAUUCAUUUCUCUAAAUGCAGCAAUGCAUUCAAGGGGGAAACAGUGUAAUCCAUAUUUGUUACGUUUUUUUGUUAGAAUUAUGUUGUACUUUAAGAAGUACGUUGGCAGAAGGCAAACAAGAGAUAUUUGCCCUCAGGACCAAUAGGAGCACAUCUUGAUUAAACUUGUUUCGCUUCCAGAAACUCUGAACACAUUGUGUGUCUGGUGCUGUUUUGUGCUCCAGAUGCAUGACACUACUGUCUGAUUAGUAUUUCAAAAACGUCCAGCCAUACCAGCCAAAACAUCGAGACCAAACCAUCCUCGGAAACAAGACACUCUCACACUCUUCUGGCCCGCUGGAUGCGGCCCAGUAGAUGAGUAAUUGAUUUCUUGAGAAAUGCUGCUUUGUAGUUCCUUGAAAUACUUCAAGACCUAACCAAAGUUUUAAUCUCAUUAAUUGGAAAGAAUAGUGGAACAAACCAGGUUUGCUCCCAAUAGAUAAAGGUGUUUAAAAACUGGGGUUGUUUUUUUCUUCAUGCAAAUCAUUUGCUCAUUACCUGUGGAGAGA